ACCACUAUCGUGAUGGCUUGUAUUUAUGUUAAAUGUUUCUCUUCCCACCCGUUCGUUCUCUUCUUUAUUAGACGGGACGGACAAGACGGAGGCGGUCGUACAGGCGUGAUCUGCAAAACAGCUAUUACCCUUGGUUUGGCCACAAAUUACAAUCCAGUCAUUCCCCGUGGCGCGUAAAUAGCACGCGGUUCCCCCCGCUAUAAAUAUCCGGCCACUCCAAGACCGUCCUUCAAUUUGGGGCAAUCGAAAUUUGUGCACCAAGUCGAGGCGAAAUGCGUCAAUUUACCUAGAGAGAGAAAGAAACAGAGAUAGCGCGAAGAGGGGGAGGAAGAGAGAGAGAGAAGGCCGGGGGAAGAGACUCGUGGAGGCACCUGCCUGCGAUGCGUGGAAGAAGCAGACAGAAUGGCGAGAUCGUGUUGGAAGUUGGUGAAAUGGCGGAUCCAUCCGCUUGAAAAGCCCUAACUGCUUGUUGCAGAACUCGUGCGAUUUUCUCCCUCGGAAUACGGUUGGUUCUCGAACUUCAGAAAUGUCGGACGUAGUGAAGGUGCUGUAUAUUGUGGUUGUGGACGAUGAAGAGAAGAGAGAGAAAGGGAAGGAGUCUUUCAGAUACACGCGUCCUGUACUGCAGAGCACUCUGCAGCUUAUGGGAUGCAAAGCGCGACACGCCUUUAAGAUUAGCCAAAGAGUUUUUGAAGUGAUGAGAAGUGAGUGCCCUGGAGAUGAUUCGCUUUCUGCAGUAAUAGAUAUAUCAGGAACGGAUUCCUCAAAAGAGCAAUGCGAGAAAGAAGUUGAUUACUGCAAGAGUAAACCAGAGGUUUAUUUGGGUUCAGAGAAAGAUGAAAGAAGUAAGAGUGUACCAUUUGAAUUGUACAAGAGACGCACAACAACUGUCAUUAGAAGAGGGACUUUCUUAGAUGUUGUUUGUGAUGCCCUUGCUGAAUAUAAGUAUGUGGGUCCCAACCAGAGGGCAGAUUUGCUUCUGGCAUGCAGAAUCCGAGAAAGGAAGGAAUCUGUAACUGUCCUCUUGUGUGGCACCAGUGGCUGUGGCAAAUCUACUUUGUCCGCAUUACUGGGUAGUCGGCUGGGAAUCACAACUGUCGUAUCUACAGAUUCAAUUCGGCACAUGAUGAGAGGCUUUGUAGAUGAAAAGCAAAAUCCCCUAAUCUGGGCUUCAACCUACCAUGCUGGCGAAUUCUUAGAUCCGGUAGCUGUGGCAGAGGCAAAGGCCAAAAGAAAAGCAAAAAAAUUGGCAGGUGUCUCUCACACACUUCCUAGGGAUGAAAUAUUUGGCAGUUCCUCAACUGGGAAAUCUGACCCUAGAUCAUCAGAGAUCUGUUCUAAUAAUGCUGAAUUUAUUAGUCCAAAACAGAUGGCCAUUGAAGGAUUCAAGGCACAAAGUGAGAUGGUUAUUGACAGUCUUGAUCGGCUGAUCACUGCAUGGGAAGAACGGAAGGAAUCAGUUGUUGUUGAGGGCGUUCACUUAAGCCUUAAUUUUGUGAUGGGACUCAUGAAGAAACACCCUUCUAUCAUACCAUUCAUGAUAUACAUCACAAAUGAAGGCAAACAUCUGGAACGAUUUGCUGUUCGUGCCAAGUACAUGACCCUGGACCCUGCAAAAAACAAGUAUGUGAAAUACAUCCGAAAUAUCAGAACAAUCCAAGAAUACCUUUGCAAUCGGGCUGACAAGCAUCUUGUCCCUAAAAUUAAUAAUACAAAUGUUGACAAGAGUGUAGCAGCUAUCCAUGCAACAGUCUUUGGCUGCCUACGUAGGCAUGAAGGAGGGGAGCAACUCUAUGAUCCCACUACAAACACAGUAAGUGUGAUUGAUGAGGAAUACCGAAACCAGUGUGCUGCCAAUUCAUUAAGCUCGAAGGGAAUGUUUCAACUCAUUCAAAGGAAAGGUUCUAGUAGACAUUUGAUGGCUCUUCUUAAUACUGAUGGAUCUGUGGCAAAGGCUUGGCCUGUUGAUUCAAUAGAUAGCAAUGGCAAGCCCAUCCUGGGUUACGGGACUGAAAAUGGAAUAGGGAGUCCAAUGUAUGGGCCAUUGCUGAUCGGUAAAGCUGAACCUGUUAAUCUUCAGUUUGGUCUCUUUGGCAUUAGUGCUUGGCCCAGUGACACUGGUGGCACAAGUCAUGCCAGUAGCAUUGAUGGGUCGAGGGCUGAUGCAACUGAAACUGGUAGUAAAUAUUACUCUUCGUGCUGCAGCUCUCCUAGGAUGUCUGAGGGACCUGCCAAAGAGCGUAAGGAAGAACAGUCAGUAAGUGGCAGUGAUGAAGAAGUUGAUGAUCAAUCUGAGGUGGACAGCGAUGAGGAUCUCAGUGAUGGUGACAAACAGAUUCAUGAAGAGAUGGAGGGGUCGGUUGAUGAGGAGUCGACAAAGUCAGACGAAGAGUAUGAUGAUCUGGCAAUGCAGGAUAUGCAAGAGAAUGGGUACUGGUCAGAUGAUGAGGAGUCGUCCACCGACAAGCUAGUACCCGCAUACAAGAAUCAACAAGACAAUGGCGGGGAAAUGAAGAUGAAGGCUGAGGGAGAGAAGAAGUACAGACAAAACCUGGAUCUUUUCCUCGGAAGUACAAGUGAGCCAUUGCAGGGUGUGCUUAUGGAGAAGAGUGAAAAGAAACACCCUUCUCCUGGGUAUGUUAGAAUGAGAAAACGUUCCCUCAGCAUUCCUGCCUUGGGAAAGCGGGAGUCCUCCUUACUCAACAAUGAUCCCAUCCUCUCUGGAGGCCCACGAAUGUAGGAAAAAAAAAAUGAAGCAUGAAAAUUUUGUUUCUUUACAUUUUUAACUUUUGUUAUCUUUAGAAUUGAAAAAAUCAUGUCUUUUUUAAGAUGAGAGUGUAGGUAGGCGGUGUGUUCUCUUUUUGUAUAGGGACAUUUGAGCAACGGUUGUUGAUGUGAAUGGGGCAUGUUAACUUCCAAUUUUCUUUUAAA